AGAAUUGCUGUCAACAAAAUACCAUUGAAAAUAGUUUUUUGUAAAAAUGCUGUUGUCUGGAAGAAGGUUUAUUGAGAACAAGAUUAAAAUGACUAAUAUUAUUAUGAAAAAUUUAACCAAAGUUAGUUAUCAUCCAAAAGUUAUGAUGGCAAAGGAAAAUAGCCUGCCACAUUUGCCAGUUCCACCUUUGCAUCAAACUAUGAAUAAGUAUAUUAUAGCACUCGAGCCAUUAUUAAAUAAAAACCAGCUUGAAAAAACAAAAAAAAUAGUUUCUGAAUUUUUAACUCCCGGUGGACUUGGUGAAGAACUUCAGCACAAGUUAGAAGAAAAGGCAAAAGUUACAGACAAUUGGUUAGCAGAAUGGUGGAAUAACUGCGCUUACUUUGAAUACAGAGCACCAGUUAUUAUCAAUUCAAGUCCUGGAGUUUUUUUCCCUAAGCAAGAUUUUAAAAGUGAUUUUGAUCAAUACAGGUACACUGCAAAGUUGAUUAGAGCGAUUAUAGAUUUUAAAGGUUUGGUUGACAGUGAAAGUAUUCCUGUUGACUAUUCACGUGAAGAUCCUUUAACUAUGAUGCAAUACAAAAAACUUUUGUCAGUAUGUCGUAUUCCUUUACCAGUUAGAGAUGCUGAAGUUAUUACUCCUCCAGAAUAUUCCCGUCACAUGGUUGUUGCACAUAAUAACCAAUUUUUUAAGUUAGAUGUUUAUGAUGAUAAUGGAAACCCUUUAAGUGAAGAUUAUUUAGCAGAUCAGCUGUUCCACAUUGUCAGUAUGUCAAAUAAAAAAGAUGAGUGCUCAGUGGGCGUUCUCACUACCCAAGAUCGAAAUACUUGGGCUCAAACCUGGAAAAGGUUAAUUUCAGACCCAAUUAACAAAGAAAAUGUUGAUUGUAUUGUCAAAUCUAUUUGUUUGAUUUGUCUUGAUCAACCAGUACCUGUUGUCGCUACUCAGUACAAGUAUGAGUUUCCAAAUUUGAUUGGUCAAAUGAUACAUGGAGGAGGUUCUCAUGAAAAUAGUAUGAAUAGAUGGUUCGAUAAGAUUUGUCAGUUUAUUGUAAACAGAAAUGGAAUGGUUGGUCUUUGUUAUGAACAUUCUGGGGCUGAAGGUCCUCCUGUUAUGGCUUUAUGCAAUCAUAUUUUAGAUAUGAAUAUAAAUACAUCUUCUGUUUCGGAAAGUACUGUUUCAAACAAAAAAUCCAUCCCUCAGAAGUUUAGAUGGAAUUUAAACAGUGACAUAAUUGAUAGAAUUGAGUUAGCAAAGGACCAUGUUGACCAAAUGACGGGAGACUUAGAAACACGUGUUUUUCACUUUGAUUUAUUUGGCAAAGAUCUACCGAAAAGAUAUAAGUUAAGUCCUGAUGCUUUUUUUCAAGUUAGUCUACAGCUCGCAUAUUUCAGAUUACACAACUACCACCCUCCAACAUAUGAAACUGCCUCUAUUCGAAAGUUUGCUAAAGGAAGAACAGAAACAAUACGUUCAGCAACACCUGCUGCAGCUAGAUAUGCAAGAGCAAUGGAUAACAACAGCAUAAAUGCAACAGUCAAGCAUGAGUUAUUUUUAAAAGCCAUAAAAGCGCAUGUGCAAUAUACUAAUGAGGCUCUAAAUUUUCAAGCUAUUGAUCGACAUAUGUUAGGAUUAAAAAUGACUGCUCUAACUUCAGGAAUGUCUUUACCUGAAUUGUUUCGUGAUACAUCUUACAAAUACGCUAUGCAUUUUCGUCUCUCAACCAGUCAGGUUCCUACAUCGCAUGAAGCAGGUCUAGGUUUUGGUCCUGUUGUUCCAGACGGGUAUGGUGUAUGCUACAAUCCUAUGGAGACAAAAUUUAUAUACGUAGUAUCUGCCUACAAUAGCCACCCAAAUACAAAUGCAGGAGAUUUAGGUGAAUCAAUUGCCCGUGCGAUGGAGGAUAAUUAUAUGCUGCUUUCAACUCAGGCUAAACUAUAGAUAUUUAAAUCAUUAUUUAUUUGUAAUAAACAAAUAAUAAAUUUAUUUCAAUUUG